CAAAGAAGCACUUUAAGGAAUCGCUAAGCACGUCUGCGCCGUAACGCCAACCAUCGCCAUGAACGCUGCGUUCGUCGCCCUCCUCCUCUGCGCCUGCGCCGCCGUCGUCCUCGCUGGCGACUUCGGUCACAGCUACGGCGGCUACGGCGGCUUCGGCGGCUACGGCGGCUACGACGAAGGCCACAGCUACGGCUACCACAAGACCGUUCCUGGCCCUUCGUUCCUGGUCAAGACCGUGCACCACGUCAACAAGCUCCACCAGGGCGCUCACCUCGUCGGCGGACACUACGGACACGGCGGAUACGGAGGCGGCUACGGCGGCGGCUUCGGCUUCGGAGGCCUCAAGCACUGAGUCUGGACACUGCACCGCGGGCCUCGCACUCCUCUCUAGUACAAAGAGAGGCUUGCGAGCACUAGUCCCGCAAGCGUGCGAUUCGGCGAGCAUCAGGGAUUUUUUUCCGCCGCGGUCGCGCUGGUGCCGCCACGGGACGUAACUGUGUAUACGCGCGUUUUUAUCGCGUCUCCUGGCGGCUGCAGCGACGCUGC